AUGUUUUAAUUGAUAUUAUAUAUAGUUUCCUAGAAGUUGCUGCUAAUGUGAUGAUGAAUAGUCAAACAUAGCUGAAGUAUUUAGCUGUGUGCUUAUUUACGUUACGUGGAACAACUUAUAUAAAUGAUACAAACAAUGUAACAUUGUAAAGAUAGCGAUACAAGGCUAAUUAGGUGCUCGUAUGACCUGUUCAAAAAUCAUUUAUAUCCUUACACCCUCUUCAUCAGGCAAGCUUUAAUUCAUUUUUUAUUUUUUUUGUAUUGACCCAUAAACAAAAAAAUGAGUUCACCUUGUAUCAAGGAAGUCUCUGAAGCAUGCUUUCGACGUUGUUGCCCGACUCCAAUGCUCGGGCUGCCCGAGAAACAGAGCCCCGAACAAACGCUAAGUCCUGCCAGGUAUGAUUUCAUUGCUGCAACAGCUUUUUCCCUCCAACCAAAUGCUCAGUUCACUAACCACGAGUCUCUACCUGACCUGGACCGGUCGGAUUCUAGUCUUAAAAAGGCCUAUCCGAACUACAUGGAAACUAACCAAGCUGAAAAAAUCCGGGAUCAGGAAUACUAUCAGCUCAAUCUAUCAAACCAUGUAUGUCUUGACUACAUUGGUCAUGGGCUGUUUUCAUAUUCACAACAAUUGCAUUCUAAUGCACCUUUUUUCAAUAUCAUAUACAAAUCAGUAAACUUGUACACACAGCUUACACAUGGUGGUCCAGAACACCAAUUUGAGACCGUGAUCAAGGAAAGGAUCUUUAGGUUCAUGAACAUUUCAUCAGAUGAUUACUCUUUGGUCUUCACAGCCAACCAAUCAUCUGCAUUCAAGGUGUUGGCAGACAACUACCCUUUUCAUACAUAUAAAAACCUUUUAGCAGUGUAUGAUCAUGAUAGUGAAGCCGUAGAUACCAUGAUUGAUAGCUGUAGGAAACGAUCUGGGAGGGUCGAUUCAGCUGUUUUUUCAUGGCCAAACAUGAGAAUCCAGUCAAAAAGAUUAAGGAAAUUAGUGGUGAACAAAAGCAAGAAGAAGAAGAAGAAAAGAGGGCUUUUUGUUUUCCCACUUCAAUCUAAGGUUACUGGCAUGAGAUACUCAUAUCUUUGGAUGAGUUUGGCUCAAGAAAACGGGUGGCACGUUUGCCUUGAUGCCAAUGCAUUAGGAGCUAAAGAUAUGGAGACAUUGGGACUUUCCCUUUUCCAGCCAGAUUUCCUACUUUGUUCGUUUUAUAAGAUUUUUGGGGAGAACCCGUCAGGAUUCGGUUGUCUUUUUGUUAAAAAAUCAAGAUCAUCAGUGCUUAAAAACUCUGUGACAAGCACGGGUUUGGUUAAUAUCGUUCAGGCUUCUAGCAGGCCUUUAUUUCUACAGCAGUCUGGCAGUAUUGGUAGAAACAAAGAAAAAGGCGUGGCCAUGGCGGCAAGCUCAAGCCUGAUCUCAUCACCAUCAUCAAAUCACGAGGCAUUUGAAAUACAAGAAGUUAAAGAAUGUAGUGAAGAAAAGAAAGAAUUAUCAUUUUCGGAAGUCUUGAGAAGGGACAGGUUUUUUGACACUGCUGAAGCAAGCAGCAGUGGUAUCAGUUCAGAUAUCGAGUUUCGUGGGUUGGAUCAUGCAGAUUCAUUGGGUUUGGUACUGAUUAGCAGCAGGGUAAGGUACCUGGUGAACUGGCUGGUAAACGCAUUGGGUAGUCUAAAGCACCCACAUUCGGAAGAAGGAGUUCCUUUGGUUAGGAUUUAUGGGCCAAAAGUCAGGGUGGACCGAGGCCCAGUAGUGGCUUUCAAUGUGUUUGAUUGGAAAGGUGCAAAGGUUGAGCCUACGCUUGUACAGAAGUUGGCAGAUAGACACAACAUUUCUCUUAGUAACGCAGCUUUAAGACAUGUUUGUUUUGUGGACAAGAGUAGUGAAGAAAGGGAGAUACUGAUAGAGGUAAAAAGUAUCGAGAAUGACAGUGACGGUCAAAACAGCCCAUCAACCAAAAAGAAAGAAAAGCCGCAGGUAGCGAUACCAGUGAUCAUGGUUACGCUCGGGUUUUUGACAAACUUUGAAGAUGUUUACAGGUUGUGGGCAUUCGUUUCGCGUUUCUUGGAUGCAGAUUUUGUGGAGAAAGAGAGAUGGAGAUAUAUGGCGCUUAAUCAGACUACCGUUGAGGUGUAGAUUUAUAGUCAAAUAUUACGUUCAUUUUUUUGUAGCCUGCAAGUUUAAUUUUGAAUUUAUCUGUCAACAUUCAACAAAACUUACCAUGAGUAAAAAGACCAAUAACAUGUACACCCAAUCACCCAUUAUAUGGAACUAGAAAGGAAACUGAUUCCAAAUUCUGAA